AUGUUUCUCAAAAACAUCUCGAUAUGUACAAGAUGUUUGAGGAAUUCCAGAGUGCUCCUAGGAGAUCAAUCUCCUUUGCUACUGCAAAAGAGAUUCCAAUCAUCCGCAACCUCUGAACUCUCAGCUGCGCUACUCAACCGAGCUCGAUCAAUUGCCAAAGAACAUGAAAAGCUCCGGGGAGUCCUCGGAGAGAACUUCGACACCAAAGUCGCAAAACGCAUGGGUGAACUGGCGCCUGUCGCUCAAGCCGUAAAAGAUUGGGACAAAACACACGAAACCAUCACAGAACUAAACUCCUUAAUCAACGACCCGGAGACCGACUCCGAAUUGAGAUCCCUCGCAAUCGAAGACCUGGAACAAACCCAAACACAACUGCCCAUUGUAUCCGAAAAACUCAAAUCUGCCCUAAUCCCACGACAUCCGUUUGCAGCGCUGCCAUGUCUUUUGGAGAUUAGACCUGGCGCAGGUGGUGAUGAAGCUGGACUUUUCGCCUAUGAGUUGCUGAGGAUGUAUCAGUCCUUCUGCUCGCGGAAAGGGUUGCGCACGUCGAUUGUGAAGCAGGAUAUGGAAGAGUCGACUUCGAAUGAUCGUGUUACCGAGGCGGUUGUCGAAAUCGAGACGCCCGGUAGUUAUGAUAUCCUCAGGACGGAAAUAGGUGUACACAGGGUACAAAGAGUACCUGCGACAGAGGCCAAGGGGCGCACACAUACCAGCGCAGUCAGCGUGAUGAUUCUACCCAGUUUUCCGGAAUCGGGAGCCAACGAGGAUAAUCUGAACUUUGAGGACCCGAAUAGCGAUUAUUAUGUGAAUCCGCAAGAAGUGCGAUCAGAGAAAAUGCGCGCCAGCGGCGCUGGCGGUCAACACGUCAACAAGACCGAAUCUGCAAUUCGCUUAACACACAUUCCCACUGGCCUCACGGUCUCCAUGCAAGACUCCCGAUCUCAACAUGCUAAUCGCAAAAAGGCGUGGCAAUUACUACGCGCAAAACUCGCCGAAAGAAGACGCGAAGCUCGCGAGGAAGAAAUGGUCAAACUUCGUCGAGGCGCCAUGGGCGGUGUUGCGAAGAUGGGUCGAGGGGAUAAAGUGCGCACAUAUAAUUUCAGUCAGAGUCGAUGUACCGACCACCGAAGCGGGAUCACAGUACAUGAUUUGGACAGUGUGCUUGAUGGUGGCCAUGGAUUGGAGACUGUUAUGGAUAGUGUCCGCACAUGGCUUGUUGAUCGGGAUGUACAGAUGAUGAUGAUAGAGGAAGCGGAGAAGGAGAAUAAUUCUCGAAGCUUGUAG